GCGUUCGCUGGCGCAGUGUCCCGUGUGGAGAGAGAGGGAGAAGUUUGCUCUGCCUGCAUCGCAGCCUCGGCGCUGCUGGAAUCGAACACAACAAUGGCGACUCCCAGUUCCAGCAGCAACUCAACAACCUCCAGCGGAAACAGCAACAUUGCAGGAUCCACCUCGCACCACCAUCACCCGCAAACACAACACAUGACCACCGUCAGCAGCAUGCAAGAAAGCAACACGUGCUGGAGGUGUCAAAACGAAACAGGUAAACGUAAAGCCCUGAAGCUGAACUUCGCCAACCCUUCAGUGAAGCCAGCUACCAGGUUGCCCCUCAACCCCUCACCUUCAACUGCACCUUCCUUCCAGAACCCACACAUAGAGCGUAUGAGGACACACAGUAUCGAGUCGUCGGGGAAGCUGAAGAUUUCUACGGAGAAGGCCUGUGACUUCACGGCCGAGGACCUGAGGGACCUGGGAGAGAUCGGCCGCGGGGCCUACGGCUCCGUCAACCAGAUGCAGCACAAACCCAGUGGACAGAUCAUGGCCGUCAAGAGGAUCCGCUCCACGGUGGAUGAGAAGGAACAGAAGCAGCUGCUGAUGGAUCUAGACGUGGUGAUGAGGAGUAGUGACUGUCUCUACAUCGUUCAGUUCUACGGAGCUCUCUUCAGAGAGGGUGACUGUUGGAUAUGUAUGGAACUAAUGUCUACCUCAUUCGACAAAUUCUACAAAUGUGUAUAUUGUUCGUUAGAUGACGUCAUUCCAGAGGAAAUAUUAGGCAAAAUUACAUUAGCAACCGUUAAAGCGCUGAACCACUUAAAAGAAAACUUGAAAAUAAUUCACAGAGACAUCAAACCUUCCAACAUUCUCAUGGAUCGUAACGGCAACAUCAAGCUGUGUGACUUUGGCAUCAGUGGUCAGCUGGUGGACUCUAUAGCCAAGACCAGAGACGCAGGCUGCAGACCCUACAUGGCACCGGAGAGGAUAGACCCCAGUGCAUCCAGACAAGGCUACGACGUCCGAUCUGACGUGUGGAGUUUGGGGAUAACCCUGUAUGAGUUGGCCACCGGCAGAUUCCCGUACCCCAAGUGGAAUAGCGUGUUUGAUCAGCUGACCCAGGUGGUGAAGGGCGAGCCGCCGCAGCUCUGCAACUCUGAGGACAGGCAGUUCUCCCCCAAGUUCAUCAACUUUGUCAAUUUAUGCCUCACAAAGGAUGAGUCAAAACGGCCCAAGUACAAGGAGCUCCUGAAACACCCGUUCAUCCUGAUGUACGAGGAGAGGUUUGUGGACGUGGCCAGCUACGUGUGUCGUAUCCUGGACCAGAUCCCUGCCUCCCCUAUCUCCCCUAUGUAUGUGGACUGACUGGGGGGGGGGAAAUCAGUACACCGCGACACACAACGCAUGACAUCCCCUGCCCUCAGUUACUAUAGUAACAAGGUGUUUGUUUCCAUGUUCCAAAGAACAUGAGAACAAUUCCAUGUUCCAAACCAAUCGCUCUGUGCAAUACGAUAAUACACACAUACUUGUCGCCACCCUGUUCAAUGUCCAUAAAAACAUCUAGAUUAUCCUCCCGUCUUCAGACAGCUAAACUUGAAGACAUUCAAUUGGCUCAACGCAUAUACACAACGGUCAUCUUUUUUUAUGUGCUAGGGAGAAAAAAAACGGUUUAGAGUCAAUAUAUGGGUGUAUACUUGAAAAUCGAUGUUACCAAAUAAACAAACAUGUUGGAAAGUGCCGCUCAUGACGUUAUGAAAAAGAGUCAUCUAUUUGGAUUGUACAUUGUGGACUGUAUUGUAUGUAUGCGUUUGUGUGCUCACCUCUACGUCGUAGACAGAUGUAAUGCAGACAGACUUGUCUGAGCGAGACACUCAAAUCUCUCAGUAUGCUGUGGGCACCUUAACUCAUUGUAAAUGAAGGGGUCUGAUGAUCUAAAAGUUAUCGUUCCCUGAAACACAGAUCGAUGGUGUAAACGUGGCUUUAUUUUCUUAAUAUGCAAUUUUACAGUAUGACUCCAAAUGUUGUUCUCUGCUAACUGUACAGUAGGAUUGUAAAUCUAUAUGUGUGUGUACAUCUCAAAACAGUCUGCUAUUGUUCACCGGUUCUGUUCAGCAGUCAGGACUUGUUACCACGGACGCACUCGACAAUGUCUCCUCAAGCAGUUAUAAGAGUACACAGUUCUCCACCUGCCACACGUUGCAAACUGGAUGAAGUUACAGCCAGUCGGCUAGCUAUUAAACCUAUCACUUUGCAAGACGUCACAAGUUGAACACGUGUCGGAUAUACAUUUCAUUGCUUGACCAGGUCAGUGCUGCAUCUGUCUGUGUAAAAGGAGUGUCCGACCCCCACGACAGUCAUGUUAUACUACAGCGCUGUUCAGCUGCCCAGCCUGCCUGAUCACACACAGAAUCUAAAUCGGCAUGUGGCUCGGGCCGCUCACCAUGAUACGAGGCUCGCACUGAUGGAAGGUUCUGUUUCCCUCGUCAACCCUUAGGCAACAUGUAGGGCGCAUCUCAAUAGUGUCUAGUGAAAUCCUCUUCUUGUCCCCUAGACAGGUGAACAUGGAAUAGAUGUUGCUGAUAGGCUUUCACCUAUCCUGUGUAGUCUGAUCAGUGCAGAUUGUUGUGUAUUUGGGUCUCGAGUGGCCUAAGGGACUGCAUUGCGGUGCUAGAGGCGUCACUACAGACCCUGGUUCGUUCCCAGGCGGUGUUACAACCGGCCGUGAUUGGGAGUCCCAUAGGGCGGCGCACAAUUGGCCCAGCGUCAUCCGGGUUUGGGCCGGGGUAGGCCGUCAUUGUAAAUAAGAACUAGUUCUCAACUGACUUGCCUAGUUAAACUACGGCAAAAUAAAAAGAUGAAUGAGAGGUGAGGAAGUCACUCUAUUUCGCGCUCAGAAAUCCACGGCGUCAGUCUUGUCAGGUCACCCACGUUCAGUGUAUAAUACUGUAGCGAAGCAAAAGAAACAUGGAGCUCCUUAGCUAGUGAACCAAACUGCAGGGGUUCAGCAUCGCUAUGUUGGAACCUGGGUUGUUUCACUAAGCACAGUCGAUGCGUUUGCCAGAUAACUUCAAUGACCCUUUCAGAUGUAACUCCCAGGUUACUAUAUGUGAUAUUAAGAACUAGAAAAAUACACAAUUGUUUUUGAAUGUUUAGGAAAUGUAGCUGGCUAACAUUUCAUGAAGCUAAAUUGUGCUUCACGAAAUGCCCCCUUGGAAAAGCCACGGGUCAGGGACAAGUGUUUCGUAUAGAAAUGUCACGUACAUAUGCAGCUUAUUCAGGAGAGAGGAAAUGUACAGAAUAUUCGGAUAGAAAUGUACUGCAUAGACCUGACCUGAUUCCCUGUUACGUGGAGUACGGAAUCCAGUCGUUUCUAUUCGUUGCGUUUCUGUCUGAAUAGUCCUAAACUUUGCACGCCUCUGAAGAAGCCUAUGCUCUUAUAAGCUGAGAUGUGGAAAACUAAUGGUUAAAUGGUGAAUUGCAAUUUAUUGGAAUGUUCAUAUUAUAGAUCAUACAAUGUUAAGGGCAAUGAGUAUUAUAUUGUAAAUUGAUCAAGGGUAAAAAAAAAAAAAAUUAUAAUAAAAGUUCACAUUGAGAAAAUACAUAGUGCUGUAUUGUGAACCUGGGUCGUAGACAAAGGUACAACACAGAAACAAUGAUUAUUUGUGUUUAAAGUUUAUUGCUUUCUCUCCUACAGUAAUGCACUGCUAUGGAAAGCUGUUCAGUGGCCAAGCAACAGGGAAGCUUUCUGUCAGAUGUGAAAUGUUGAUGUAAAAAGAGAAAAGAAAGUCAUCCCUCUACAUUAGGUGAUCAGGAUGGAGCACAUGACCUGUGUGGCUGUUGUAAAUGCCUAAUGGCGUGGUGACAAACCUCAACUGAUCUUGGGUGAAAUCCUAUAAACAAGGGUGCGACAGUUUAAUUAAGAAGUAACAAGAGGGGAAAAAAGUUGUUUGAGAGAAAUUUUUGGUCAAAAAAAUAAAUAAAUAAAAUAACAAUGAUACUGAACCAAAUCUGACUGAUAGCCAAUCCAAGACAAAGUUAGAGUUUUGAACGUUCUUCUGCAUUCCGGUGUACAUUGAACAGUGACUGAAUAUUCUGGUCGUGUUCCUCUGUUCAGACGUUGCUGACACAUGUCAGAUCUUACAACGCCUGGACAGGUAUUUUACGUAUCAGCUAACCGCAUGCAAUGUCUGAGCAGGGGAACACAACCUCUUUUCUUCGAGGCAGAACCUUAACCUCAUUCCUUGAAAGCUCUAGUUCGUGCUCCUGAAGUGAAUCCAUAUGAGCCAAGCCUGCGCCAAUGGUAGAGCAGCGGUCAGAUGACCUAAACAUCACAAUAUCUCAGACAAUCUCAUUGGCACUGUGGUGGUUAAAUUACGGAGUGGCUUCCCACUGACCUUUUUUUCAGAGCAUUAGUCUUGAUGCUUCUGGCAUUUGCUUGUCCUCUACUAGUAAAGAACACGCUACUCUGGCGAAUGUUGCUCAUUUAAUAAAGUUAUGUCUGCAAGAUCACAAUGAUAUGUAGACUACUAACAUAACGGAAUAUAAUGACAUAUUAUAACGUUACUGUGAAACAAAAACCCACACCGAAUAUUUCUCUCAUGUGGCCAAAACAGACGCUGCAUGGACGUUUCACCGGUAAAAAAAAAAAAAAAAAAAAAAAAAAAAAAAAUUAUAGUUCACGAUUGACGGUGCGGAAUGUGAAGGGAAAGAGACCACACAAAUGUGUGCGUAAAGAAACACGUGCGCAGAACAUGAUCCGCACGUGAGCAGAAGCUUGGGGACCUUUAGCGCUCAAAAAAAAAAAAAAAAAAAAAGUCAGUGAAAAAUUGAUUCCCACAGCCAUGGGUUUAAAAUUAUACCCAUAGUUACGUUUACAUAUUCUAACGGUCCCUAUUCGUUUAGCUAUAGACCACAUCAUACAUGUAUUGCAGAUGGGUUUAUUAUUUUUGGUAUAUUUACAUCUCAGUAAACUAUUUUUCAUUUCCUGAUUCAUAAUCAUUCUACAGAUCCUACCCUAAACCUCUGCAGCA